UCGACGGGAUACGCGUACCGAGUAACGUUAACCAAAAGGAUCGACUGCCAUUCAGUUCGUCUUCCACGGUUUCACCCUCCGUGCGAGAGACGUGCCGGAGUAUCAGGAGAUGUUUCCUCGGGAAAUCAUUGACCGAGCUUUGUCAAUUUUCCCGUUUCGUUGCUAGUUUCGGACUUGACAAGUGGUUUCCCGUCCCGGCGGUAUUCCGUUCCCAUUUUGUUUCGGGUGUCAUUAGAAAACGUACGGACGGGGGACAAAGCAGUGCGUCCGUCGGGUGUCACGAUGUUUUCGUGGUCGUGGAAAGUGCGAGAAAAGUGAGAGCCAGUGUGCUUAAACUCCAUCAAGUGCGGCCUGUAAUACGCGUUCAAUCACGUACACGCGACACGAGGAGGGAUGACGAUGAUAUCGGGAGGGAAUCAACUACGGCUUCCUUGAUCCACGAAUAUUCUUACCGAAGCAUCCUUGGUCCAGCGUAAACACCGGAUACAAGUGCCCAGCACACGAGUAUACGCGCGGAUAAGGGCGGAGCACGGACAGAUAGUGACUUGGCAACAUAAAGAAUACAUAAUGUAAAACGUCGUGAAAGGAGGUUUCAUUGGCUGUUCUCGAAGGUUCCUGGUGUACGCCUACCCAUCUGGUCACUCCACCUCUUCGACACGCAAUUGGCAGACAAUAAUGAACCUGGCUCGGAACGCUAACCCUUUUCCGUUGCCCGGAUCCCAACUAAACAGACCUCUUUCUCUCGAAAAUGAACCGCCGGAGUCAGGAAUCGUAACAGUUUCGCCAAGUCCUGGAAAAAACGAAGGCAGAGUGAUAUGUUAACCGAAGACAAUGACCCGACGAAACCAGCAGGGGUUUUAGACAAUGCUGGCAACGUGUCUUCGUCGUCAGAGGCCACGGUACAGCACCCUCGAACCACAAACAAUGAGACGGAAGUCAAGAACGAGGUGCAAGACUGCCCCGAGAACGACAGCGUACCCGGCGGGGAAUUGUACAUCGACGAGAAUGCGGAGGAAAAGGAGCAAGAAUAUCCGGAUUCCAUGGAAAAGGCUGACUACAGUUCAUUGUACGGAGCUAAUCAAUAUUAUAACAGUUUAUACAACUCGCCUCCCUACGGAUCAGUCACCACCGGGAAGAACACCUCGAGCUUGCAAAAUUCUUACUUGACCCCGUACACCACACCAAGCUCCAUGACUCAGUACUCCACCUACGCUACGUACAAUAGCGGAACGGCUAACUUCCCCAACGUAGCCCAGAAUAUAUCAUCCUCCUCUCAGAAGUUAGAUUACUCUGCCUACAGCAGCAGUUUGUAUGGAAACGACAGGGUACCAUUACAGUAUUCCGGAUAUUACCCUAUGCACGGUUAUCACGCGUCGCCCGCCUCGUUUAACAUCGGGAACCUGAAUUUUGCUGAUUCGACGAAGUCUGUGCUCACGUUGGACGCAACAACUCACGAUGCCAGCGAUCUUACCGCACGGGAAACCGCAAACAUCGAAGGUAACACGAUUCGGGCGACGGCGAAACCUUGCAGACGCGGAAGACGCCAAAGCGGAAGUGGAAACAGUAUAGGUUCUGCGGACACGACAGAAGCCGGUCCUGACCGGAUAUUCAUCUGGGACCUUGACGAAACCAUAAUUGUGUUUCACUCGUUGCUCACCGGUCAGUUUGCAACGAAGCACCGUAAGGAUCCCAGCCUUCUGGCCCAAGCGGCGUACAGGAUGGAGGAAAUGAUAUUCAAUUUGGCCGAUACUCAUUUCUUUUUCAACGAUGUCGAGGAUUGUGAUCAAGUGCACAUCGACGAUGUGUCGUCGGACGAUAACGGGCAGGACCUGUCUUCUUACAAUUUCGCUACUGAUGGUUUUCAAUGCGCGUCCACGAACAACGGCAUAUGCCUGGCUUCCGGUGUCAGAGGUGGCGUCGACUGGAUGCGAAAACUGGCCUUCCGAUAUCGCAAGAUAAAAGAAAUUUACAGCAAUUACCGGAACAACGUUGGCGGCUUAUUGGGGGCGGCGAAGCAGGAACAGUGGUUGCAGUUGCGGUCGGAGAUCGAAGUGUUGACCGAUAACUGGUUAACAUCCGCUGUGAAAUGUCUGAGUCUCAUCAAUAAAAGGAGUCACUGCAUUAACAUUCUGGUGACCAGCACGCAACUGGUACCAGCCCUUUCGAAAGUGUUACUUUUUGGGAUCGGUGGAAUAUUCCCAAUCGAGAAUAUUUAUUCUGCCUCGAGAAUCGGAAAGGAAAGCUGCUUUGGAAGAGUGAACGCACGGUUUGGUCGAAGAUGUACAUACGUGGUGAUAGGAGAUGAUUGUGACGAAGAAACAGCGGCACGUGCUCACAAUUUCCCAUUCUGGAGAAUAAACAGUCACUCGGACAUGCGGUCGCUAUAUAACGCCUUAGAGAUGGGAUUUCUUUAAUCAGAGUACAUUUACAAACCUGGAGGGGGAAUGACGGGACAGAUUAAAAAAUAUGUCCAACGAAGGACACUUGCAAUUAGUCGUACGGAUACUUAACCGAGAUAUGUCUAUUUCUAUAUUCUUUACUCUGUCGAUAAUGAUGGUAAAUGGGCGCUACCAUCGAGUGAACAUUUUAACAUUCCUACUUACUAUUUAUCGAUCGUAAUAUGUGAAUCGAGGAUCGACUGUUCCUCCGAAAUCGUCAUACACGGUUUUAUCGUUUAUGGCUAUUGAUCGAUCGUUGAAACACGACCGAUCGGAACAGAGUCCACAAGUGAUAUACGAUGAAAGUAAAAACAAAACAAAAAAAAAUGAGUGAAAGAAAUUGAAAAUUAAAGAUUUAUGUAUAAUAUGAACAUUUCCAAUUCAUUCCUGCACGCUUUCGAUCAUUCAUCCGACACGAUUAUUGAUUGAUGAAACGAAGGUUCGUUGAAUAUUGUGCGUAUCGUUUUUUGUGUACUUAAACGCAUUAUUGCAUUUCCUCCUUUACAAACAUAUAGGUAAUAUAAAAUUGGUCGGAAAAGAAAUUAGAUUCAUAGGCGCGGUAGUAUGUGUAACUCCGUUAGUUCAACUAUUUCGAUCGACGUUGUUUCGAAAUCUCUUAAGAAAGUUUUAUAUGAAUAUUGUGAUACAGUUUAAUUCGAUUAUUUAAUUACAUUAUGAUACUAAUAAACAUAAUAAACCAUAUUAAAAGCAGAUACUUUCUCAUGGACAGUUGGUAAAAAUUAUAGUCGCGUUUUUUUAUUAAUUAUGUUAUAGGGAUAUUCAACUGAAACAUUAUGCAUUCUUAACACUUAAUUUGUUCGUCCGUAUCACAUAUUACUAAGAAUACUAAAGUUCAUACACAGAUUGAGACACAAAUUAGUUCCCACGGUUUUUCAGCCCCUUUCGAUGGUCUGACAAAUACAUGUUUCAUAUCGAAAUUAAUUAGAAUUUAACCGUCAAGAAAUUACAGUUGCUUAAAUUUAAAAACAAAUUGAUUUUCGAUAAAAAAAAUUAAGGUGUUAUAUUGUUAAACGAAGCUAGGUAUUUUUAACUUUAUAGUAUUGUAGACGACGUUGAGACGAAUUCAACGACCUACUAAACUAUGACUUUUAGGUUACAUUGAAAGAUAAAUUGUCAUGAAUCGAUUGCCACAAUAUUUAAAAUUAUUCGGCGAUACAUAAUAUCAAGGCCUCACAUUUAGACGUAAACAUUACGAACGCUCAUUUAUUCUAUACUUACUGUCGCAAGACUUUUAUUUGCGACUAAAUCCGAGAUCUUGGUGCUGUGUAUCGCUGAAUAAUUUUAAAUAUUGUGACAAUCGAUUCAUGGCAAUUUUUCUUUCAAUGUCACUUAAAGGUCAUAGUUUAGUGGGUCGCUGAAUUCGUCUCAACGUCGUCUACAAUACUAUGAAGUUACAAGUACCCAGUUCCAUUUAAAAAUAUAACAGUGACCUUAAUUUUUUUAUCGAAAAUCAAUUUGUUUUUAAAUUUAAGCAAUUGCAAUUUCUUGACGGUUAAAUACUGAUUAAUUUCGAUAAGAAACAUUUUUUUGUCAUACCAUCGAAAGGGGCUGAAAAAUCGUGGGGACUAAUUUGUGUCUCAACCUGUAUAUUUGAAUCAUCCAUAUCAUAACGCGAUUAGAGACUUCUUCAAAAUUUCAACUAUUUCGAAUUAACCUAAUGGAAAUAGCAAUUUAUAGGUGAUGCCGUUAAAAUUGAUAAGUUCACGAGAGUAUUAGGAACGCGUAAAUAAUAUUUUCAAGGUGUACGAGAGUAGGUUGUAUAAUUAAAAUUUUAAUUAUUAAAAGGGAGAGAUAAGAUUAAUAAAUGAUAACCAAAGUUAACGUUGAAUAACUGUAAAAUCUCUUUAUAUAAGUUUUUAAAAUGUAUCGUGUAUUCGUUAAGAAAACAUUUGCAGAAGACGAUUGACAAAAAUAUAAAUACGUAUUGUGCAAAUCAUAUAUCCAACAAGAACGGGUUUUUCUUUUUACGAUAAUUCGCAUUAUUUUUUUACAUUUUUCAAUUUAUUUAUAUGCCUACUUCAUGAUGCUAAACAACAUACCAAUUAUUUAUUCUUUACUUCGAAGUAACAACAAAGCAGUACAGAUUAUGUAAAACAAAUUUGUCAUGUUGAUUUGUAAAAUAAUUUUAAUUACUUGGUACAUUUAAUAGCACAAAAGUUUGCACAAGUUGUAAAAUUAUUAUUAAGAACCUAAUGCCGAGUGCAUAAAUAAGUUUUUGAAUAAAAACCACACUUGUGAUGUUUGUAUCACCAACGGUGUAUCAAUCGAUAAGAAAUUCAUAUUUAUGAAGCGACUCGAACAACCAAAUUGACAAUGUAAAAGGAAGAAAUUCAUAUUGAAUAAUGAGAUUAAUUUAAAUUGUCAAUUUUCUUUUGGCAAAAUACAUCCCUAAUUGACGUUUGAUGUUCUUUUUUUAUACAUUAUUUACACGUUUAGAAGAGGUUUAUUGGUUCAAUUGUACCUUUCAGUUAAAUCAAUGUAUUACAAUGAUCAAACGAGAUACUGCGAGUAUAUGUAUUAAAAUAAGUUGACUGGUGUAGAAGGAACGUUGUAAUAUCAGCAUACAAAUUUUAGAUCACUAUUUUAUUUAAUUUUCAGCACAUUUGUUCUAAUUUUAUGGAACAAUCCUUUCAUUGUAUAUUCAAUUUUAUAUUGAACGCACAGCGAUGUAAAUCCUAUUUUCAAUGUCUGUAUUAAUUUGACAUCAAUUUAAAAAAAUUAUAUCACGUAAACUGUGCCUACUAAAAUUACAUAUAUUUUUAUAAGUAAUUGUUAUUAUGAUUCCAAUGUCAGGCAUUCCAGCACAAUAAGCAAUACUUAAAUAUUGAUCAUAGAGACUUUCCAGUAUAUAUGUUUAUAUUUGUUUAUGCUUUCUGUAUUGAGUAACCGGCAUUGCUUUGCAAACUAGCAUAUCUCGAUGAUUGCGUAAUUCAUUUUUGUAGUUUAUUGAAUUUCUAUAUAAAAAAGCAUCUCAGUGUCUGUGCGUCCU